AUGCUCACAGGGUACCCGCGAUUCUUCAUCCACAGAAGCAUACAAUCCUUCGCUCAGACUGUUGCUUCAGACUUCAGCCAUACACCAGGACAACGAGCCAUGCUAUUUCCCAAUGAAUAUGCUGCCCAGCUGUGUGUAGGAUUCCUGCACGCUCAUGCUCCAGCCCCUUCCCUUGUUGGUAUUGAGACCGUCGCUUUAGUCGUGGACGACUCCAAUCCGGAUGCUGUUUACUGGAAACCGCUUUCCCCGUCAAUAUCGGCGGUCAUUUUUUACCCGGACGCUUUCAAGUAUGUAAACCAGUUUUGGCAGCAUAGUGGACUCGGUGUUUCCAGUAGACGAGCGGAGUUCUGCCAUUGGCUCCUCCAGCGGGCUCUACUUGUACCAGAUCAUCGCGCCCAGUCGACGAAACAGAUGAACAGCCAUGGUCCCCCGCUCUAUCAUCCCCCAGAAUCAAAGAAAGAGAUUUCGUCUUGUUCAAAAUCGGGAACCAGCGAAACAUUACGAGGUAUCAUGUGGCAAGAACCCAUGCCUUGUGCGAAAAAGGGGUUUGAUCAGGAAGUCGAGAUCCUCCUGAGUGAUUCGAGAAAAGCCAAAGAAGUACUUCAACAACGCAUCGCCAGUAUGCUGAGGCCCCAUCUCAAUGCACACGCAGAGAGCGGGACUUCGAUCGAAACAGGGCCACGCAGCUCCAGUACUCAUGACUUGACCGACGACGUCUACAUCUUCCCGACCGGAAUGAGUGCCAUAUUCAACACCCACCAAUUCCUUCUCGGCACACGUGGGAACAUGAAGAGCAUAAGCUUCGGAUUCCCCUAUGUGGAUACCUUGAAGAUCCUUGAGAAAUUUGGUCCCGGGUGUGUCUUUUACGGCAACGCUACCGAGGUUGAGCUGGACGAUAUUCAGCAUCGGCUUGAGCGUGGGGAACGAUAUUUGGCCCUCUUUUGCGAGUUUCCUGGUAACCCGUUGCUCACAUGUCCGAACCUCAAGCGCAUUCGGUCGCUCGCGGAUAAGUACGACUUUGCCAUUGUGGUGGAUGAAACGAUUGGAACUUUCGCCAAUGUCAACGUUCUUCAAUAUGCGGACGUGGUGGUCACCUCCCUCACCAAGUUCUUCUCUGGCGCAUGUAAUGUCACUGGAGGUUCUGCCGUCUUCAAUCCAACAGGCCGUUACUACUCCAGUCUAAAGGCGAUCGCGGAGCGAGAGUACAAAGACACAUACUGGCCGGAGGACGUCAUCUUGAUGGAAAGGAACAGUCGCGACUUUACUACACGCAUUCGUCAGACGAAUAUCAACGCGGAGGCUGUUGCAAAACUACUAAUAGCCGAUCAGUUGAUCAAGAGGGUGUACUAUCCAAGAUAUAACGGCGAUAAAUCCAACUAUGAAACUUGCAGACUGGCCGACGGAGGGUACGGAGGCCUGAUGUCCGUCGUAUUUCAUCACAAGGAAGAUGCUGUCACCUUUUACGACAACAUGGAAGGAGCGAAAGGGCCUAGCCUGGGUACGAACUUCACAUUGACAUCGCCGUAUGUUGUUCUCGCACACAUGAAGGAGCUAGAAUGGGCAUCCAACUUGGGUGUAGACCCGUACCUCGUUCGGUUCAGCGUGGGGAUGGAAGACACAGACCAUUUGCUGGAGAUUUUCAGAAAAGCACUUAGCUCAGCAGCUGGUGCGACAAAGGGCCGCAAUAUUGCCAAUGUCGUGUCACAAUCAGGUGUAAAGCCAGAAGUUACAUAG